UCAUCAAGACGAUUAUUUCACUUCUACAGUAGAUUCUGAACGGUAGAUUUCCUCGUAUAAUCGGUUUUCGGGACCAGCGGUAUUGGUUGUUUUACUUCAUUAUGAAAGCAUUUAUAUUUCUAGGACUUGCAAUACUGCUGUUAGAAAUAAUGUGGAACUAUCCCCCACUGGUCAAUGCAUAUGCUCGAGACACAUUCAACGGCACGAUACAUUUUGUGUGGUACAUGAUUAAACUGACGCUAAUCUUCUUUGUUGGAUUUCUGGUUGGAUACAUUGGUACAUUUGUCUAUGUGAUCUACUGUCAUUACGGUCGUACGAGGCGGUUACCUGGAAUCACUCGGGACACCCCGACAAAUGGAGGAAGUAGGGAUCUCAACGCAAGUGGAGACCACGAAGAAUUCUUGGAUUUUCCCGAGGUGGCUAUGAUUGAUGAGGAUGCUCCUCGUACUCGUCACAGAAGAAUGAUUUCAACCAUGCUAAGGGAUCAGGUACCGUCGACAGAAUUAAUACGAGAUGAAGUUCGUGAGGCUUUAUUAGAAUCAAUCAAGGAAGAAUUCUGCACGCCGUCACCAUCACGGUCACCAACUGAAUAUCGAACUCCUCUACCAUCACCGCGUUCGCAAGAAGGUGAAGUUGACCAUCAGACUGGAUCGGCCUACUUUUUGAACACUGUUAAUGUGGAUAACGAGCAAAAGUCGUUGAUGAUGGAAUCGACGAGUGAUGUCACACCCAGUGUCGAACUAGAUUCGGACUGUCAGAUUCAGGCUGUCACAAAACCGGCGUCAAAUAAAUGUUUAGAAUCGUCUGGAAAUAGCCAGUUACAUUUCAGGCUGCAGCAAUUUCCGCGCGGGUUGAUAAAGGUAAAUAUGAUUGGUAUGGUUCAUACGAUGUGAUUGAUAUGAUAAGGUUGAUAUGGUUGAUAGCCGUGUUUGUCCCCGAAGGCCAUGUUCUUGGAAACAUAUAUCCGAUUGCUGGGAAUCUCCUGCGCGGUAAUGUUAAUGAGGUUUCUUUCCGUGUAGCGUCCUAUGUAUUUACGUAAUAUUCAGAGCAAACUUGCAUGAUAUCGCAUUUGUAUCAUGUUGUGGGGGAUUAUUUACGUAGGUUUCAGUGGACUGUUUCGACACUACUGGACCUUGGAUGACUUUUGAUGAGGAGAAAGUUUGUGGAGCCAAUGAAUGCAUGAAAAUGCUGAAGGACCGUCUCCCUAACCUAACCAACAUGUACACAUUUCACGGUGAUGAACACGUCACAGCUUGGUCCAUUCAACUUACCCUUGACCAUCUCUCCUUAUGUUUAACAGCGUGGAGGUGGAUUGUCGAAGAUGCCGAGGAACUUAGAUUGUGUCAGCCAGGAUGGAACGAAAUUUGCAAAGAUUUCAAACAACUUAGCCAAUCCAUCAAGGCCAACUUGUGGAGUUGUGGGUUUAGCAAAAAAUCGUACAAGGAACUAUCCCUGGAGAUUUCAAAAGAUUUUGAUUCAUUAUCGUUGAAUUUGGGUAUUGUAAAAAUUGUAAGAACUUCAAUCCAUAUUAUGGUGCGUUCUUACUUACCUUAUAUUUAUUUAAAGGUAAAAAACCAUACAUUUUUGGGGACACACCAACAGAAAUUGACUGUUUUGCUUUCUCUGUUCUGUGUCAAAUUAUGUGGGGUCAUGAAUCUAUUCUACGUGAAAAAUUACGAGAAUCUGCUAACCUCUCGGAAUAUUGUAUACGAACUCGUGAGCGUCUCUGGCCAGAUUGGGACGACCAGUUAGGACUGGAAGACUACUUGAUGCAUACUAAUUCGGAUGAUGUCCGCAGUGAAGAUCACAUUCUAACUGAAACGCAAACAUCUAAACAUUCUACUAGCUUCCGUGAUCAGUAUUACAAACUUGUUCCCUUGGAUGACUGUGACUCGUUCACUUCUGAUUGUUUGGCGUCAUCGUCAAUCUGCAGUCAUAAAAAUGGUGCUCCGCCUGACGAACGCGUCUUAUUUUGCGCUCGGUGCAAGGUGUCAACUUGUCAACCAUCAUCGGAUCACCCCGCUCGUUUAGUUGUUCUCUAUCCUGAUGCUGAUGCAGAAUACUUUGACGACGAAUUGAGUGACAUGCAAAAAAUUUCGUAUUCGUCUCAUCGCGGUGGUGCAACAAUUUUAUAAAAAUUUAUAAAACAACUUCAUCUAUCAUAUAGCGCAUAAAUAUGUGGUGUAAUUAAUUAUGAAUAUAUGUAGAAGUAUGUACGUAUCAAAGCCAUGCCAUAUUAUUUUAAUCUUAUUAAAGUAUAUUUAAUCUUAUUAUAGUGGUACCAAACAUUUAAUCGAUUUUACGAUAACCUAAACAAUAUGUAAACAUUCAUAAGUCAUCAAAGACUGUUGGCUAUGAUGCAAUAAAUAUUUAGUUCAUUGGCAGUGCGGAAUUUACUGAUAAUUUUUCCAAUUCCAAAAACUUCUAAUUCCAAGACGACGAUUCGAGAGCCUCAUAAAAAUAAUCCAGCUCCCAAAAAAAUAAAUGUCCUGAAUAAUUUAUUUCAAUUCGAGUAUUCCUACAAAAUCAAUAUCAAUUUGGAUCGCACCCACACAACAAAUUUCAAAAUUAAUUGUUCAAUUGAGAGAUUCAAAAUUAGUCGUGACCAUGUCGUCCAUCAGACCCAACUUGGCAUAUCCAGAACCUGUUUCCUCGGACUCAUCCGUCGCUGGAUUUUUUGAACAGCGGAGUUUUCGAAGACUUGUGGCGGUACUUGGUAUUGGAUCGGCAGUGGUUCUGGCCUACUCUGCAUUCAAGAAACACUUGUUCCUCCCUACACCCAGUCUCGAUGACUUCACCAAGGAAAUUGAAGCCGAGAUUCCAAUCCCUGUGACGAUAGCCGAUGAUGUCGUUGGAGAUGGGAACGUGAAUGCGAACGAAGAAACGGAAACUGAAGAGCCGCCCCCCAAGAAAGAGAAAGUUAUUCUGUACCAAGUUCCUCGGGGAUUCUUCACCCCAGUAAUUUCACCAUUUGGGCUAACGCUGGAAACUUUCCUUCGAGUGGCAGACAUUGAACAUGAGGUGGUGGUACGAACUACCAUUGACGGCUCAGAGACUCCUUGGGUCAAGGUUGGAGAUGAAGAAAUCAAGAACCACAAGCAAUGCAUUAGCUUUCUCACGAAAAAGUUCAAUAUUAACCUGUUGGAAGAAGCAACAUCAAGUCGAAAGACGGCUGCAAGACUUAUUGCCACAUUGUUCGAAAGUAAAAUUGCAUGGGGCGUUGCUCUGUGGCGAUGGGUUUAUGAUGGUGGCAGGUCAGUCAAGGACAUUCAGGCCUUGGCACCUACAAGCGCAGCAGUUUUGUCCAACAUUAAGGACUCGGUGAUUCGGGCUGCGGAACAUCAAGGGAUGGGAAGCCAGGAGGAUGUGACCGCAACCGUUAUUCAAGGUUUGGCCGAUGCUACUUCUGCACUUGGGAAGCACAAAUACUUUCUGGGAAAUACUCCAGGUGAAGUGGAUUGUCAUGUGUUCUCUCUCUUGGCACAAAUGGUUUGGAACAUGCCCGGAUCACCAUUUGAAAAAGCUAUCAAAAGGCAGCCAUUGCUGAUUGAUUAUGUCAUUCGUAUGCGAGACCAGUAUUGGCCAGACUGGGCUGAUUUGAUCCUUCAGACUAAAGAAAAUACAAAGCAAUCCAAUGAAAAUUCUUUAAGUGGAUCACCUUCGAUUUUGCAUUCCAAAUCCAUCACUUCAACAAAUGGCAGCAUCAAUAUUGCUGCCCACUCUGAACCAGAACAGAAAUUGGAUUCCGGGAAAAGUCUGGAGAAAAUGUCAACCGUUACUGCACGUCAGAGCUCAUUGGAUGGACCGGUUGUCGCACCUGUAAAUAGUACUCCGCAAAAUUCCGUAAGACCUCAAAUCAUUGAUGCUGCCAAGCCUCCCGAAGUGACAGCAUCAUUGCCUCCCGUCUCCCAGUCUCAACUCGAACAACCUUCUGCUAAAUCCACCACGGAUCAGCGAAAUGCGGAUUCAAAAAUUCCAGUAGCGAACAAUGUCCCCACCAAUAUUUUCCCAUCUACAAUGACAACUCAAUACCGUAAUGAAUGGAAUUCGGGUGUACGACAAGACGUUGCGGUGCCACAACACCAGUACAUUCCACCAAUGCAACAUCAAAGAAUGCAAAUGCAUUCCUACAUGCAAAUGCCACUCACGCCGGCACCAGUUGUUUACCCCGGAGUUGUCAGCCACCCUGGUCAGUACCCCCGAAUGGGGGAUUACAUGAGCCCAAUGUCCCAUGCCCCACCCCAGUACAUGUUCGCACCUCAAAAUUCUCCUUACACUGAAGACUUGAAACGUGCCACUGCUGCAAUUUUGCAGCCCAAACUGCAAGAAGCCCUGGAAAGGCAAAAUCAGACAUUUACAAGUUACUGUUGGCAGUGACGAUUUCUAUAACAUGGUAGAUGGCAAGAUGGAACUGAAUAUUGUCAAUUAUUCUAUUGAUUCUUAACUAUUUAUUGUCAAAAUUUGCUGUCAAAUAAAGAUAAUCGUGCGAUUAACAA